AUGAAGUUCUGCCAAUCUAUAGUCAUCAUCUUCAUCACUGCUACAAAUCUUCGUCAAACUACAAGCUGUGACAAGAUCCGCCAUCGGUGGUCGCAGUAUGCUGUGUGUCAAUGGUUGCAACAUGACAAGAAUAUCGCAUGUGAAUCAUCACGUGGUUAUCUCGCAAGUCUCACAACUGCCGAAGAAUUAAACGCCGUCCUCGACUACAUGGUGAAAAAAUACAAUUACGGCAAAUACGUGAUUGGAUUAUCACGACAAGCGGGGUUGAAUCGGAGUGUAGAUGAAAACUGGAAGUGGGAAACAGGAGAGGUGUUUAAUUCUUCAUAUAUUCCAUGGGUACCAAGCCAGCCUAAUGAAAACAGUAAGAACUCUGCUGGGAUUAGAAUUGACAUAACCAGUGGUAAAAUUUUGGAUCAUCCUCCUACAACAUAUUUCGGUGCGAAAGGAUACAUUUGUGAGUAUGAUCAUCUGUAUUUCCAAUCUGUGAAAAAUCGUGGUGUAACUAUGGAUGCUUUAGUCAUGAGAUGCGCGCUGCGAUGUCAGCGACAUGCCGAGUGCCAGGGAUUUCAUAUCGAUGACGCUGGAUGUCAGAUUGAAGAAGAGAUGAAUGAUGACGCUAAGCGACAUUAUGACAAAAUAAUUUGCUCUAAUUAA